UGAUCUGCUUAAGCGUAUAUCAUUAUUCUAGUUCAGAAUUACAAACUGUAUACCUUUAUUCACGCCCUUUAUAAAUUCUCGCAGACAAUGCUUUUACAUUGUUUUUAGGAAAGGCCGAGGUGAUACAAUCGUUUUGUGGAAGAAUAUCAAUAGGCUGGAAUCCAUUAAAAGUCGAGGCAACAAUAAGCCUUUCUAAACAGAAAGUAAUGCUUUAAGCGGUUAAUUGAUCCCAACUAAAAUGGAGUAAUGUUUUCAUCUUCACCAACCUGGCAUGGUAGACGCGCAUACCGAUUUUCUCCAAUCACAUAUGCAGGUUUCUCCUAGGGGAGCACAUCCGGUGGCGUUUCCUGUGUUUGUAAACUGAAAGAAACUGGAACUCGGGCGACGGGCGUCGAACCACGACAGACAAGGAAAAUUAAAAGUUUUAGUGCUAGAUGAGUGAGGUGGGUGUGGCCUCCCGUCAGACUGACCAUCCUGAUUGACGGAUCCCUGGAUGACCUUGUCCCCGCCCCCGUCCCCGCCCUCACAUACACCGUUCCCACUGCAAUGUCACACCUGCCCAGCAGCUCAGUCCGCGACCAUAUGAAAUGGGCAGGGCUGCUUGGCUGUGAGGCUGUUCUCUCCAGUAUGGCCCUGAUGCAGGCUAGCUCCAUGGCUGGUCCACCCAAGAAGAUGAUGGCUCCGCUUGGCCAUGGACCACCACCCCAGAGGGACGGCCCAGAACGUGGUCCUCAGAGUCACAUGAUCCUGCCAUCUGGAAUGAGCUGUCCACCCCUGCUUAUCCGGAAGGAGGGCGACUUCCACGCCCCCCGCCUGCUGGAUGAGAAGGAGAUGAGGGCCAACGAGGACAUGCAGCUGAAAAAGAAGAACAGGAAGUCGGGAACGCCCUGUAAAGUGCGAGAGCAAGAGGGGAGGGGUGGGAAGGUGGUGGUUGUGGAUGAGAACGGGAACUGUCCAAUAUCCAAAGUGCAGAAAAACUUCAUCUGCGAUCACUGUUACGGCGCAUUUCGGAGUGGCUAUCACCUGAAGAGACACAUUCUUAUUCAUACAGGGGAGAAGCCGUAUGCUUGUGGCAUAUGUGACAUGAGGUUUAUUCAGCGUUACCACCUGGAGAGACACAGCCUCAUUCACACGGGGGUGAAGCCGUAUGCUUGUUCCAUGUGUGACAUGAGGUUUUUCCAGCGUUACCACCUGGAGAGACACAGCCUCACUCAUACGGGGGUGAAGCCGUAUGCUUGCAACAUGUGUGACAUGAGAUUCUUCCAGCGUUACCACCUGGCGAGACACAGCCUCACUCAUACGGGGGUGAAGCCGUAUGCUUGCAACAUGUGUGACAUGAGGUUUUUCCAGCGUUACCACCUGGCCAGACACAGCCUCAUUCAUACGGGGGUGAAGCCAUACGCUUGUUCCAUGUGUGAUCAGAGAUUUUUCCAGCGUUACCACCUGGCAAGACACAGCCUCAAACAUACUGGGGUGAAGCCGUACGCUUGCUCCAUGUGUGACAUGAGGUUCUUCCAGCGUUACCACCUGGCGAGACACAGCCUCACUCAUACGGGAGUGAAGCCGUAUGCUUGUUCCAUGUGUGACAUGAGGUUUAUUCAGCGUUACCAACUGGAGAGACACAGCCUCACUCAUACGGGGGUGAAGCCAUUUGGUUGCACCAUGUGUGACAAGAGGUUCUUCCAGCGGUACCACCUGGCAAGACACAGCCUCACUCAUAUGGGUGUGAAACCUUACGCUUGCACCCUGUGUAACAUGAGGUUUGUUCAGCGCUACCAUCUGGCGAGACACAGCCUCAAACAUACGGGGGUGAAGCCGUACGCUUGCACCAUGUGUGACAAGAGAUUUUUCCAGCGAGACCACCUCCGGAGACACAGCGUCACUCAUAUGGGGGUGAAGCCGUACGCUUGCACCAUGUGUGACAAGAGUUUUUUUCAGCGCCACCACCUGGCGAGACACAGCGUCACUCAUAUGGGGGUGAAGCCGUAUGGUUGCACCAUGUGUGACAAGAGGUUUUAUCAGCGCCACCACCUGGCGAGACACAGCGUCACUCACAUGGUGACAUAUUGCGCCUCUAAUGGUCACCCGCCCCGAAAAAAGUUGGCAACACCAGUCCCUUGUCAUGGGGUGAAGCCGUACGGUUGCACCAUGUGUGACAAGAGGUUUUACCAGCGUUACCUCCUGGCAAGACACAGCCUCACUCAUUUGGGGGUGAAGCCGUACGGUUGCACCAUGUGUGACAAGAGGUUUUACCAGCGUUACCACCUCUCAAGACACAGCCUCACUCAUAUGGGUGUGAAACCUUAUGCUUGCAACAUGUGUGACAUGAAGUUUGUUCAGCGCUACCAUCUGACAAGACACAGUCUCACUCAUACGGGGGUGAAGCCGUAUGCUUGUUCCAUGUGUGACAUGAGGUUUAUUCAGCGUAACCACCUGGAGAGACACAGCCACACUCAUACGGGGGAGAAGCCGUUUGCUUGUGACAUGUGUGAUAUGAGGUUUAUCCAGCGUUACCACUUGGAGAGACACAAGCGUGUCCACAGCGGAGAGAAGCCUUAUCAGUGUGAGCGCUGCCAGCAGAACUUUUCGCGGACGGACCGCCUGCUGCGACAUCGCCGUCUGUGCCAGGGCCGAGGCGUGGCCAAGGUGGAGAACCAGCCGUGCUGCGAGCCACGCCCCUACCCUCAGGAGCCUCCGCCCGCUCCGCCCACAUGGAGCCCCCUGCACCCCCCUCCUGGUCGGCUGGCUGUCUGACUGACAUUCCCCCCGACCCCCAAUUGCCCCUCCACACACACACCCACAUGACCACCUCCGUAGAAGGACAGGCCAGGCCACAGGGUCUCUGUUAUUUAGCCCUGCGCUCAGCGCCAUAACACUGGCCAAGACUGAACCUGCAGCCCAGUCCUGAGGUUUCUAUGACAGAGGGACAGCUACCUUCUAUGUGUUUUGUUUUAUUGUCCUUUUAUUUUUUUCCUGCGAUGGUUGGUCUGUUUUGUACUUAAUCUAUUAGAUUCUUGCUCCAAGUUAAUUUUGUUUAUUAUCAUUUAGACUUUUGGAUUUAGAUCAUUUGUGCUUUUGGUGGUACUCGGGGAGGGGGGGUUACAGUUGGUCAUUACCAGGGUUGUGCUCAAGUCGGAUUGAAUGCUGAUUUGAAUCAAAGUGGGAACAUCUUUUCAAAUGGAUUUUAGUAGAAACAAAUGCCCUUUUUUUAAUUAUUUAAGUGUCAGUUUCUGCAUUGACUGGCUUCAAUUCAAAUUGACCCUAACCCCGGUCAUUAGACCAUGGCAACAAAGAGUGAUAUAUACAUGAAUUUAUAACAAUAUAUGUCUGAGGAAAAUGUAGAAAAUGGUUGUUUGAAUGAUUUAAAAAAAACAUUGUCAGACGAUGGUACAGGUGUCAUAACUGUAAAACGUAAGGGGUUCCAUAUAAUUAGUGAUUUUAGGACAAAAUAGGGAAGUGGAGGACUUCCUUGCAGGUCAAAGGCAAAGGAUCAGGUCAGAUGACCUUGUGGUUCUUGUUUGAUAGAGAUGUGCUCAUGACUCAGGAAGUGGCACAGGCAGGAGGACAGCUGUAGCAAGUUCCAUUACACCCACUAAUGGUGUAUGUAUGUACAGAGGUCUAUGGGAGCAGGUUGCAGGCUCUUUCAGUCGGUUCCUAUACAGAUGUAUGUGAAAAACAACGGCACAAGAUGGCAGCUUCAGCAAGUCCCAUUGCUUGUGUUUGUACAGAUCCUCAUGUUGAGAGGAUAAGCAGGAGGUAUACAAAAUCUUGUGGCCUUAGAGCGUGCUUAUAUUUUAUAUGUUUUGUAUUUGAUUAAUUUGCCUUUUGUUUUUUGAGUUAAUGGUUUAAUUAUUAUCAGAUACAAUUAUAAGGAUGAGCCACUGCCUUUAAACAUUAGGGUAUGUUUUUCCUAAGCUGUUACCCUUAUAGAACACUGCUUACUGCAAUGGCAAUAUAAGGCAUAGGCAAAAAAAAAUCCUUCCUCUGUUCUUUGAGAUAAUUAAUAUAGUGCUGGUUAUUAUUGUUCAUUAUGUUACCCCUUGUGUAAUCAUUCUGGAACCACAGGAGUUCCAGUGAUAUGAAAAGUUCUCUUUUGGUCAGCUAAAGGCCAUACAGAUCAUUUUGUCAUGGCUAAAUCAACACUUGCUUCACUUUGCUACACACUAACAAAUGCCUUUUACUGAGAUAUGUGGGGUAGGUGUGUAUAAAGGAUUUAUGUUAUGUUCUUUCGAGGUUUAGCCUUAACUGAUCUGACUCGUAAAUAAUUAUUGUAAUGCUAAAUGAUAUUGUAAUGAAUGACCGUAACCUGUAAACUUUGAACAUGUCUGUGGUUUCUCCCCUCCAAGUGUAAUGGCAGAUGCUCUAGUCAACGUCUACCUUCUCUGGCAUUUAACUAUUUCUGUCAGGGCUAGUCAGUGGUAUUGGUGGUGUUUAACCUGUCUGUGGGGUAAGGAUCUCUGAUACCUGUUCCCGAGGAACCAUGUGUGCUGGACUUAAACUGAAUCAUUUAAUUUGUUUGUCAACAUCACCAGGCUACUACUGUUAGUGAAACCAAUGUUUAUUUAGUAAUGCCAAAUGUAUAUUCCAGAAAUGUAGCGAUGUACAGUCUGAAGUCUGUUAUGCCUGAGUGAUGACAUGAUGCCAUCCAGCAAAAAAGGGUUUUGUAGUAACAGUGUAACACUGCAGCUAUAUGAUUUGGCAACACUUUGCCCAAAGAAAUAUUGAAAGGUUACUACCUGUGUCCAAGACUACCCAUCAGUUAGGCCACAGGCCAAGACGUGUUGCCAUUAACUGUUCAAACCCUCACAGUUGUUGUCUUUUAAGUAUUGUUAUUAAUCUUAUCAUGGUGAAAAUGCAAUAGAAUAUAUGAGUCUGAUCAGUUGUUAAUACAGUGACAUUUUUUUCUUCUAAUUAGCAUCAGACAAAGUAUGGAGCAGUUAGAGGACAGAGCUCUUCUUUCUUGGCCUCAUCGCAUUUGACGAUUCAGUCAGCAUUUCAAGGACCUUUUUUAUUUCUGAUAAUAUUGUAAACACUGGAGUGAUAAAAACAAAAGACAAAAAAACAUGAAAUAUGAAUAUUUUUCUUUUUCAAAACAGUACUAGAUUUUAGUCUUUAGACAGCCUCUUACUCCUCAACAAAGAUGGACAGAACCAUUUGGAUCAGUACUGUAUGGAGAGCCCUGGGUGUCUAGUAAUUUAAACAUUAGAAGCAGUAGUACCUCAAGAAAAUGACUGUUUUUAUACAAAUCCACUUCUAUUUGUAGUGAAUUAUAUUGAUAGAAAUAUUAGGUAAGCAACAGCAUCUACAGUAGCUAUCACAGGUUAGUCUCUUUCUUUAUUAGUCUUGCAUGCAGAGUUAUGGUCCUCAGUUAAAAUAGGAUCUUAUAUUGAUUAUUAUUUUGUGUAGGCAAAAUAAGUGCGUAAAAAUAAUUUCUUUAAAAAAAACUUACAUUGAUUAUUGUAAAAAUGGGCAAACUAAUAUGUACCCUUGUGAUCCAAUUAGUUUUUAAUUGUAUGGAGUAAGGGGAGAGGCUUCCUACCAUUAUGCUGAAAUAAAAUCCUUUAUGAAAGA